AUGGUGAUGAAUUACAAUUCUGCUGUGUUAGGAAUUGUGGCCAAAUUGAGAAAUUGUGGUGAAACGAUCACCGAAUCUCAAAUGCUUGAGAAGACAUACACCACAUUCCACAAGAGCCACAUCACCCUGCAACAACAGUACAAGUUGCGGGGAUAUACCAACUUUUCGGAAUUGAUUGUGGCGCUUCUCAUAGCAGAAAAGAACAAUGAGCUUCUGAUCAAGAAUCACAUGACUCGUCCAACUGGUUCUAAACCGUUUCCUGAAGCAAACACAUUAGAUACGAAGAAACCAGUCAAGAAAAAUAAGGCCUUUCGGGGUCGCGGUCGUGGCCGUCUAAACUACCGUGGACGUGGACGAAAGUACAAUCCACAAGAUAGGAAGUCAUUCCAGUGGGUCCGCUCUGAGCAAUCCCCUAAGGGAAAAGAACACCAAGGAAAUACCUCCCAGAAGCGAGAAGAAGCUUGUUUCAGAUGCGGUACUAAGGGACAUUGGUCUCGUUUAUGUCGUACCCCUGCACACCUUUGUGCUCUAUGCAAGGAGUCCGUCAAAGGGAAAGAAAAAGAAGUAAACUUUGCGGAACACUCUGAGGGUACAACGCACCUCGAUGCGUCUGACUUUGUGAAUGAUUUCGAGGAGACCGCUAUCACGGAAGCUUAA